AUGAACCUUGUUACGGGGUCGGCGACGGUGGCGUACUACGGCCUAUACAUCUACCACCCCAUCGGCGGCUACCCGCACGUGGUUCUCCCGCCCAGCACCAUCGAGUCCAACGUCUUCGCCGCCGGCCCCCACUACUGGUCCGCCCGAUUCGUAUGCCAGACCUACGGCGGCCACCCAUCCCUGUCCAUGAGCCUGCAGCUCUGCUCCAGGGGCGUCAGCGUCAAGGCGUCCUGGGAGCUCAGCGUCAUCGACCCACGAUGCCGCUCCCUGCUCCCGACUAAGCUCUACGGUACGCCGCCGCUGUAUUUUGAGGAGUCGGUGAACAUGAGCUGGGACCUGGACUAUGUCUUCCUAAGCGACCAGUGCUUUUGGUAUGUCGAUGGCGACAGUGGCCGGCUCGUCUUGCUGAUCACGGUCACCGUCUUCCCAGACGACGACGAUCCCGAGACGACGACAAUAGGCAAGCAGAUUGACGACGUGCCGCCGUCGGACAUGCUGGACCAGUUCGGCGAGAUCUUCGAGACCAGGGAGGGCGCGGAUGUCACCUUCUCCGUCGACGGCGAGCUCUUUCCGGCGCACAAGAUCGUGCUCGCCAUGCGAUCACGCGUCUUCAAGGCGCAGCUCUAUGGGGAGAUGAAGGAGAGCGUGGCGGGGGCGGCGCAGCCGAUUGAGAUCAGCGCCAUGACAGCCGACACGUUCAGGGCUUUGCUCCGUUACAUCUACACCGACGCUUCGCCGGCGAGCAGCAUCGUGGAUCAACAAGACGAGGAGGAAGACGGCAGCCAUGGCAAUACUACAAAGGUUUGGGAGCUGCUCACCGCCGCAGACCGUUACAGCGUGGAGCGGCUGAAGCUCAUCUGCGAGCGCAUUCUUUGCAAGAGGAUCGAUGUCGACAACGUGGCGGAUACGCUGGGGCUGGCUGAUCGACACCACUGCGGCACGCUCAAGGAUGCCUGCAUCGACUUCAUGACCACUUCGUCUAGGAUGGACCAGAGUGCAGCCCAACAAGGCCUUGAGUGGAUGAAAAUAAACCACGGCCACUGA